AUGUAUCUAAUCGAAGGGUUCUGUCUUUCGGCUACCUUUAGAGGAACUGCAAGGCAAAACACCGUCCUUUCAUACUUCGACUUUGUCAUUCCUCUUUCCACCACUUCAUUGACACUUUCAAGGAUGAAUGUCGCAAAUAUCAUGCAAAUAACAUACGAAUACGAGAUCCAAGAGGGAAACGAUCCUUUCGUCCAGCUCGCGGAUCAAGCGGCACACGACUUUACUCUAUCCACCACUCCAGGUACCUUUUCAGUCAACCUUAUUCCAAUAUAUUGGUUCCCUGGAGCAGGACUCAAGCAGACGGCUAAGGAAUGGCGGUCGACGUUACAUGAGAUGGUGAAAAAGCCGUACAACUACGUCAAACAGCGAAUCGCUACUGGGGAUGCUUGUUAUUCCUUCACUUCAAGUCAGCUUAAAGACGGUGACGGGCUGAGUAGCGACGAGGAAUUCGAUAUCAAAUGGACCGCCGCGGCCCUUUACAUUGGUGGAAGUCAUACGACCGUCGCAUCCAUCUCCGCGUUCUUCAAAGCUAUGCUUCUGUACCCCGACAUUCAGGCAACCGCACAAGCAGAGAUCGAUGCGAUUAUUGGGACUGAUAGGCUUCCGCGAUGUGAUGACCGAGAGCGUCUUCCGUAUAUCAAUGCCCUGGCACUAGAGGUUAGCCGUUGGCAUACCGUCGGACCAUUAGGUCUGCCUCAUUCUGUCAGCGAGGAUGACGUCCAUUCUGGCUAUUUCAUCCCAAAAGGAUCUGUUGUACUAGCGAAUAUCUGGUAUGAUUUAUCCUUCGUCAUUCAGAUGCUCAAUCAAACCGAGAAGCGAGAAGGCGUUGGGACUUAUCCACGCCGAGAGUUUUGA